UUGUGGUGGUAAUAAAUGGUCGAUCCAGAAACUGUCAGCAACAGAGGGUUCCGUGGCGUGCGGAAAUGUUUUGUCGACAAAGUGCAGACGCUAGUAAAAAACACCAAAGUCGUGGUUGAUCGUGUUUACCGAUUUAGGAUUUUCAUACACAUGUCAGCCACCAAUGAUGAUAGAACUGUGCUCUCAUCUUCCCUCACAGGGAUUUUCAGUACUAUUAGAAUGAGUGAUAGUCACAACAGUAAAAAAGAUGUGAUAUGCAAGCAUGUUCGGGAGCCCGUGAAACAUAGACAAAUUAAAACUCAAAAGCCAGACAGUGAAGACAGUGCUGUAGAAAUACCUUGUGGUCAGUCAUGCACAUUAAAUUCUAGAAGCCAAUAUCACAAAAGGGAUGAAAUGAAUGUUGUGACAGAAAUUCAUGCUGAAGACCAGACAGACAAUACUGAAAAGGAGUAUCAAGAGGCAAAAGUGUCACACAGACAUUCAAGCAGAUUAUCAAAGGUAACUUGUGACAGCAAGGUUGAUCAAACAUAUUGCUCAAAACGAAAAUUAGAUAUUAUUGAGGAUGCAAGACCCACUACAAGAUGUUCUUCAGAAAAAGAAGAUUGCCAUAAACACAAAGAAAGAUCACCAAAAUUGUCUGGUGCUGGGUCAUCAAAAAUGUCUGGAUCAGCAACAAGUGCAAAGAACACCCCAGAAAGACCAGUAAAAAUAGAAACAGCAUCCCCAAGAAGUGGUUCAUCAUCAGGACAGUUAAACAGACAUGAAACAUCCAACACUUUUGUCAAGGACUGGGAGUUUGUGCAGACACUGGGAGAAGGUGCUUAUGGCGAGGUAAAGCUUGCUUAUAACGUGAAGACACAGGAAGCAGUUGCAGUAAAGAUCAUUGACACAUCUGACAAAUCUAUUAUUAAGGAUGACAUUAAAAAAGAGGUUUGUAUCCACAGAAUGAUAUGCCAUGAUAACAUCAUUAAAUUUUAUGGUGUUCGUAAGGAUGGCGAUAUGGAAUAUCUUUUUCUGGAGUAUGCAAGUGGAGGUGAACUCUUUGACAGAAUUGAACCUGAUGUGGGAAUGCCACAAGCAGAGGCUCAGAGAUUCUUCCGACAGCUUAUCAGUGGUGUGGAAUAUCUGCACGAGAAAGGCAUUGCUCAUAGAGAUAUCAAGCCAGAAAAUCUUUUGCUGGAUGACAAAGAUAAUUUGAAGAUUGCAGACUUUGGCCUCGCCACAAUAUUUCGUCAUAAAGGCAAGUGGCGGUUGCUUGAGAGAGUCUGUGGCUCAGCACCUUACCUGGCUCCUGAGGUCAUCUCCCGAUCCUACCGAGCCGAACCAGCAGAUAUUUGGUCCUGUGGCAUUGUUCUAGUUGCAAUGCUUGCCGGUGAGCUUCCAUGGGAUGCUCCAUUGCUUUCCUGUAUACAGUAUUGUGAUUGGCGCGAGUGUCACAUUGAAAACAAGCCAUGGUGCAAGAUUGACAACCUUGCACUGAGUUUGAUUCGUCGGGUGUUGGCGGACAAACCAGAGAAGCGGUACACUAUCCCUGAGCUUCGAAAUAAUCAGUGGUUCAAGAAGGACUUUAGUAGAGACAGCUUUGAUCAGUUUUCAGCAGGACCCAAGCGUAUGUGCACCCGAUCUAUCUCUGGCAGCUCACCAGGUCAGACCCCUAUGCAGAAGCUAGUGCGAAGGAUGACUCGCUUUUUCUCCAAACAUCAGUCUGCUAACAUGAUGAAAGAAAUUGACAGAGUGUUUACACAACUGGGAUACAACUGGUCACAUAGCCCACCAAAUGUGCUUACAGUGCGCUUGAAAGAUCGUCGGCAAUCUCCUCUGGUCUUUAAGGUGAUGAUAAUAGAGAUGGGUGAGAGUCUGCUGGUCGAUUUCCGGCUUUCCAAGGGUGAUGGCCUAGAGUUCAAGCGCCAUUUCAUUCGCAUCCGUGAUAUGAUGAAGAACAUCAUCUGCAAAGUGCCUCCUACAUGGCCUCAGUUGCCCUAAUGUCUGAUAGUCAAGCUCCUUAUGUCCAUGGUCACUGAACUGCAGCCAGACACAGUCAAAUUGAUUUUCCUGCUGACAGUGACCUGCACAAGUGGGAAUGGAUGUUCUGAUGUCAUCACUUUAGUUUCUGAUACUGCCAAAAGCUAAAUAGCUCAAUUGCUGCUGCAAUGUUCCCAUUCCCCAGUUUUUCAAAUGCUGCAGGCCAGUUUUGUGACACAAGAGUUGCAAGCAGCAGAAACAAGUUGAACUUAAAUAGCAGGGAGAACUGCUUACUAAUAAAGUUUUUUUUUUCAGUUUGUGUUCACUCCACACACUUAUCAUUAUCCCCCAUCUAAUCAUUUAUUUGAAUUUUGUGUUGUCUCUUUUUAUCUGCUGUGGCAUCUUGCUGCAUACUAAUCAUGUAGAAUCCUCGCUCUUUAUUGGGAUGCCAAUUCUUCAGAACUUAAAGAAUAGAAAAAAGUCUAGCUGCUGUCAUGUAAAAUGUAAUAAUAUCUCCAGCAGCUGAAAUUGUGAUCAGUUUUCUGUUUGCAUUUUACUCUCGGUUUUCAAGAGUAGUAUGAUGUAGUUUUCUUUAUCAAAUUGUUGUUCACAUCCAUAAUUUUGCCAUUAAAAUCUUGAACAUUUUUUUGUUUCCAAAAUAUGCCAUAGUUUGAGAAAGUCAAAUUUAUAAUGUGAUUAAAUGUUAACUCUUAGUUCUUCUUUUGCAUUGCCCAUCUUUAUCCUAUGUGAUAGAUGUGUGUCUGUGUGCAUGAGAGAGAGAGAGAGAGUCCUGCCUAGUCCCAGUCGUAAUAAACGUUUAGUAUUUACAAAGUGUGUGCAAAAUUACAUCACAUGGCUAUUACACUACACUCAUUUGCAUGUUUUGUGAUGAGAAGUUUUGCAAUGAUGCCCCCAUGUGUAUUUGUUGACAUACUUCUAUAACUGGAAAAGUUGCCUAUUUGAGUGUAAACCACUUUUUUGUAAAUUUGAUAAGUCACUUUGUUACUGUGGACUAUUUUUGUAAAAGUAUUGUUGCAAGAUGCUAUGCAAAUAUAUGCAAGAGCGCAUUAAAAAUUGCAUGAACAAUUAA